CUCAACGAAACCUACGCUCCCGAAGUGAAAUGGCUCGUACCAAGCAAACCGCUCGUAAAUCGACUGGAGGUAAGGCUCCUCGCAAGCAGCUGGCCACCAAGGCUGCUCGUAAAAGUGCCCCGGCCACCGGAGGAGUGAAGAAGCCGCAUCGUUACCGUCCGGGAACGGUGGCCCUCCGAGAAAUCCGUCGCUACCAGAAGUCGACCGAGCUGCUCAUCCGCAAGCUGCCCUUCCAGCGCUUGGUGCGUGAGAUCGCCCAGGACUUCAAGACUGAUCUCCGCUUCCAGAGCUCAGCCGUCAUGGCGCUGCAGGAAGCCAGCGAGGCGUAUCUGGUUGGUCUGUUCGAAGACACGAAUCUGUGCGCCAUCCACGCCAAGCGCGUCACCAUCAUGCCCAAGGACAUCCAGCUGGCCCGUCGCAUCCGCGGAGAGCGUGCCGGUAACUAUGCCGAGCGCGUCGGUGCCGGAGCACCCGUGUAUCUGGCAGCCGUCAUGGAAUACUUGGCCGCUGAAGUGCUUGAGUUGGCCGGAAACGCUGCCCGUGACAACAAGAAGACGCGCAUCAUCCCGCGUCAUCUGCAGCUGGCCAUCCGCAACGACGAGGAGUUGAACAAGCUGCUGUCCGGAAGUGCGGCCCUGACGCUUCAGAGCAUACACCACAUCCAUAGCGGUGACGGUCUUACGCUUGGCGUGUUCAGUGACGCCACGGGUUUCCUCGUAGAUGAGACCGGAGAUACGUUUCACUCCUCCGCGCCGAGCCAAACGGCGGAUGGCGGGCUUGUCAUGAUGAGCACAGGAUUUUUGCUCCGUGCUCAACGAAACCUACGCUCCCGAAGUGAAAUGGCUCGUACCAAGCAAACCGCUCGUAAAUCGACUGGAGGUAAGGCUCCUCGCAAGCAGCUGGCCACCAAGGCUGCUCGUAAAAGUGCCCCGGCCACCGGAGGAGUGAAGAAGCCGCAUCGUUACCGUCCGGGAACGGUGGCCCUCCGAGAAAUCCGUCGCUACCAGAAGUCGACCGAGCUGCUCAUCCGCAAGCUGCCCUUCCAGCGCUUGGUGCGUGAGAUCGCCCAGGACUUCAAGACUGAUCUCCGCUUCCAGAGCUCAGCCGUCAUGGCGCUGCAGGAAGCCAGCGAGGCGUAUCUGGUUGGUCUGUUUGAAGACACGAAUCUGUGCGCCAUCCACGCCAAGCGCGUCACCAUCAUGCCCAAGGACAUCCAGCUGGCCCGUCGCAUCCGCGGAGAGCGUGCCUAAAUCGUCCAUGCAUCCGGAAGCGGUCCCUGUCUAAACGGGGCAUUUCCUUCUCAAAACGGUCCUUUUCAGGACCACCAAUACUGUUGAACAUUCCAAGAAUUUUCUUUCGAUUGCUAUUAUGAAAUUGUACAUACGAAUGCAAGUCUUCACGUAUGUCGUUUUGUUAUAACGAGGAAAGUGUGAAAAGGGGGAAAAUUUGUUUUAAAUAAUCAAUGUUAUGGGAGGUAUUUUAACUUUUUCUUGUCAAAGUUUCGCUUUUUAAUAGGGCAUCUGAGGAUUUUGACUAUAUUGAUCAAUACUUUAUUACCAUCUAUAUAACCUAUGACUAUUAUACCAACAUCGCUGCUUACAACAAACUACGAACGAAUAGUAUGACUAUAUAUUUUACAACAAAUGUUCAACUCAAACAGCUUAACUGAUGCUUAUACAAACGUGAAUUAAAAUGCUCAAGAAGACGACCCUUCAAUACUUAUAAGCAAGUUUAAAAUCGAACAAAUCUAUUACAACAUUUGACUCACGACACAUAAGCUGCUAUUGGUUGCUUUGUCGAUAAAUUAUCCUCGUAUGCGCGAGGAAAAUUUAAUUUAAAAAAAUGAUUGUCAUACAACGAGCGAAACGACUUCUAUUCAUAAUUCAUGAUACACGAAACUCCAUUUUCAAUCUCACCUCGCAAAACGCUUCCAAUCAGUGCGGACUUUUUUCAUGUUUUUUUUUUUUAAACGUGCUAAGGUUCUAUUUAACAUUAAUAUUUACAAUGAACAACGCAGAACUUUAAUGUCAAUCACA